CGACAAACGACUCGGAUAGUAGUUGUAGACGUGUAAUUGUGUCAGUUCUUUCGGUAAAAAGUGAGUUUCGGCUUUUUUGCACACGAGCAAUAAGAACAGGAAACCAUGCCGAGCCUUGUGCGCGAGGCGAGCGCGACGGAUCCGGACGAUCAUACUACGACAAGCGAGAUGGCGCCGCCUUUACCAGGCGAGACACCCGUGGUCGACCCGACGGCCCAAAUCGCCCAGCUGGAGGAGCAAAACGCCUAUCUCCGCCGGAUGACGCAGCUGAAGACGCGGUCCCUGGUGUCCGCGCAGGAAGCUCUGGCGGAACGGAAAGAGAACGAGGAGCUGCUGCUCGAACAGGUGGAGGAACUGUCGAAGGAACUCCAAGAUCUGAAGACCGACUUGGACAGCGCGAAGGCAGAAGCCCAGCGGCAAAUCCGCAAGGCCAAGGACCACCGCACCGACAAUCUCGAGGAGAUUCGGCGGGAGAACCUGCGGCUCCGCACGGAACUGGCGAACUGCGAGAAGAAAGCGGUCGUGGCUAGCGGUCACCACCAGAGCGAGAUGGCAGCCCUGGUGCAGAAGCACAAGAUCGAAGUGUCCCACCUGCGGAACGAAAUGGUGUCGCUACGGAAGAGCACGCGGGAAAAGCUCGACGCCCUCACCGAGCACGAAGACGACCGUCGGCUGUUGGCGCAGGUGCGAACCGAGCUGGAAAACGCGCAGCAGGAAAAUACGCGGUUGUUGGCGCACCAGAGUCACGUGUUGCGCGAUCAGGAACGCAAGUUGUUGGACGAGCACGACUGCGUGCUAAAAAGCAGUCAGAACGAGAUCACCCUGUUGCGACAAAGGCUACAGGUACAGCUGGAGGUUGUGUGAUUGUGUGAAGAAAUUUUCCAGACAAGAUAGAUCGGUAGCGAAAGGAUGCAACAAACCUAUUUACGUAGAACCUCAAGAAACUGCGAAUCGCAAUCCGUAGUCAGAUGUAGUUGCUAGCGUUCUAGUGAUGUCAACUACACUCACAUGUUGAUCUUUCAAACUAUCCAACACCUUUCUGUCCAAUCCCCAGGAAGCCGAAGCCGAAGUUGGCUACCUCAUGGACCAGCUCGCAGAAAAGGACGAACGGUUUACGGAACUCGGCGCCGACUGCGCUUCGCUGCAGGAACUGACAGAGCUGCUCCGGAGCAUGCAGGCCAAGCAGGACGCGCUGGAAAGCGAGCAGCUGACGGAGGAGGAAAAAAUAUCCAACGCGUGUGAAGCCUUCGAGAACGUCGUCCGCGAGGCGUAUCGGGAGAAAUGGCGGAUUUUGUCCGUAUUUGAGCAAUGAUGUUUUAGCAAAAUUAGGCGAGCAUCGUGUCAUUAACUUAAUAUCAAGAUCAAGAAGAAAUAAAAAAUGCGAGGAAUCUACGAGGAUAGACAGCCAGAGCGCGCGUGGGCGUAAAAUAUCGAAAAUUGAAUUCAGGCCGACGUUGCGGCCACAAUCACGGACUACGAGAAGCGUUUCGUUUUGCAGGAGGAGCACACGCAAGUGCUUGAGCUUGCGUUGGAAGACCUGCGCUUGCGGGAAAAGUACGUCAUCUCGGAGCUCGAGAACAAGGCUUCUCAGGCAGACCAGCAGGCGCAAGAGCAGCAACGACGAAGCGCGGUUCGCUUUGAGCAGCAAGAGGACGGCGCGCGCCGCGUUACCAUAACGGACGAGGUUGUGGUUCCUGAUGCCGGAGGCUGUGGCGAGGAGAGGGCACUGCAGCUCCUCGAAGGGCGUAGCACAGUUGAGGUACCUUUGGUCGUGCAGGACGAAGUAAACGUAGCUGGCGCAAAUCCUGCCCGGGUCCCGCUAACGUACGCCGAGCAAGAACAGUACGAGGGCGGCUACCUCGAGGAAAACUAUGGUGUCGUCGAGUGGGCAGACCAAGACGUCGGGGCCGAGUUAGUGGACAACGCAAGUGAGCGGGAAAACGAUGCUUACAACGACGAAGCCGCAGUAAACGAUGCCGUGGCCCUGGCGAGGCAGAGUUUUUCCGCACUAGAUGCUGGGUGUGCUCAAGGGGAGGAAGAGAUGCCCCGCGUUUCCGCAGUUUCGGCAGUGACGCUGGUCGGCGAACACGAGCAGGAGUGGUUGCUUAGUAAAAACGACGCAGGAGUCGCACCGAGCCAUGACGCGACCGCAGUUCGCCACAGUCAAGAUUCAUUCGCUGCGGACCACGCACGUCGCUCUGUUGAGGCGAUUCCAGGCUCUACGCGAAUCGCGCCUCCAGCACCACAUCCUCAGCCAGUCGCAAACCAAGGCCUAGGAUUGGAAGGAAGUGCGAAUUUCGCAUCUGCUCUACAAGUAGACGGGAAAAAGGUCCAACAUCCCGCAGGCGCCUUCGUUUUUCCCGGAUUCGAGUCGCUCGAACAGGCACAAGGCAGCACGAAGGCAACGGAACACCAAGUAUCGCAUCCGUCUUCGAAGGAGGGAAUGGGCGGCGCGAUAGCGGUAAGUAAGUGUGGUGCGAACGAUUUUUUCUUGAUGUUGACACGCGAUAGCUCUAGUAGUGUUGCUAGUGCAGCAGCAGCUUGAUGAGUCAUCACCUCCAACUCUCGAAAACAACAUACAGAUGACAAAUUUUUUGGCCACCUCCGAUACGCCCGCGAGCUUCGUCUCGCAGCCCACCGCGGAGUCCGCUCAAACGAAGCGUCCAAGUGACCACUCAGAGCAGGUCGGGCCCGCCUUGUUGAGAGCUGCGGCCGUGGUAGCACACCAACAGAGCGCUGGCGCACUUCCGACGAGCAGUAAAAGCAGCAUGGUGCAUAAAAAUCUUCCGCAGCUGACCAAGGCACUUAUCUCCCCCACGAUGCAGCACCGCGUUGUCCGAUCUCCGGUACAUGGGACGACGAUUUUGCUGCAGCAGCACUCCGCCUCGGCGACCGGUUCUCCACAACAGCACGACCCCGGCGCCAAGAUUGAACAGAUUGGAGGCUCCUCGGCUAGCGGAUUACGGUGGAAGCUGACGAAUCUCCCGAGCGUGGAUUUGAAAGUAACGCCGAACAUGUUCACCGUCGGCUCCCCGGCCUCGAAAUCCCCCGUCACGUCGCCGAAACGGGGGACGGUGCCGCUGGCAGCUGGAGGAAUUAGUAUCGCUCAACAACAGCACGUGUCGUAUAGUAGUAUCAAAAGGAAAACGAAAAACAAAAACGCGACCUUUAGCGUCGAGGAGGAAGAAGUUGCGUCCAUUCCUGACGAAGAUGCUGGAACUGCUGGAUAUGGCGCUACUCCGGGAAGGCCGGAGUUAGGUUUCCAGCCGCAGCGCACACUGCAGCCGGCUGCCAGCAGCGCGGUGGUGCCACCACCAGCAGAAGAACGAGGCAAAGCCUCUGUCAACGAGCACGUCUCGCCGGUGCAACGCAACGUCUUAAUUUCCGCUGGCCAGCAGGCACACCAGAUGCCACGAGCGAGUUCUGCCACUCCUGUUCCGACAUCAAGUUCUAGUGCGAAGAAACGCGCAUCGCAAGAGCAACAGCAGCAGCCGGUGCAGACACGGCACCAUCGGCGACUCCACGUGGAAUCUCCUGCGCACCUGAAGUUCAUCACGUCCUCCCAGUGCGCAUUAUUGGAAUCCGUUCCGGCCAACCUGCUCUCCCCUGGAAGCACGGUCCGCUCGCCGCAGGGACUCGGAGUGUCGCUGUCGCCGCAUAAUCGGAAGCGCCAGGUAGCAGUUGUGCCGCUCGCGGGAAACAGCCGUAGUGGUACAACUUCUGCGCAGCAAGCAGUAGACCACGAGGCAGCAGCUGCAGCAGCACCAAACAAGCCUGUUUUUGCUGGCCCACCGGGACUGGGACUGCCGCCGCCAGCACCUGGCACGGGGAAGUUGGCGAAGAAGGGCCUGGGGCAGUUGUUGAAGCCAGUGACGCUGUCACCAGUCCUCCAACCGCGAUCCCCGGCUUUGACCGGUGUUUCCGCGAAGCAGGGGCAGCAAGUGGGUACUCCGCCAGGGGCUCCUGUUCCUGGGACGACUUCUAGUGUAGAUAAAGCUGUGUCGAGUGUAGUUGUAUCUGCUUCCAGUUCCACUUCGCAAAACGCAGCGAUUCCAACCUCUGUUCCGCUGUUUUCCACGCUCGCGCAGCCGCCGCAGCACGUCAUUAGCACUGAUCCCAAGGUGUUGGCGGCCACGGGUGCAGCAAACGGCACUGACCAGACUGGAGCAUCAUCUUCCUCCGAGGUGGCAAUGUGGACCAAAGUCGCCACGACAGCGCUCGAUUGUGAUUUGGACGCGAUUAGAAACGCGAAUCACGCUCUACGCCGUGGGAGCUAG